CCUAGGGGUAAUUAGUGUCCUUGGAGUUAAAUAAGCUAAUACUUAGACACCUCUGGCACAAGCAAUUAUGUUUGUGUAUUGAAUAAUUGAUUCAAAGAGGGGGGAAGGGCUGCUAAUCAGAUCUGAGCAUAAUGAAUUGAUUUAAUUAACAGGGGAAUCCGAGGGUCUCUGGAAACUGCGCGCAUUUAUUCAGUAGCAGCAGAGGCGAGCGCGGCACAUAAACUGGGAGAGAGGCGGCGUGAGUUUGCUUUCAGCAGUUGUCAGAUUUGCAAUUGGAUUUGUUUGAAUAUAGUUGCUGUUUCGGAGCAAAUGAGAACGAGAAAGAGAGAAUAUUAACAGCGAAGGAGAGCUCAGCCAUUCAGUCUGAGCGUCUGAUCCGUCCGCGUAUGCACAGUUACAGAUAGGCGACACUAGAUUUAUAUCGCUUUUCACUGUUUUGUCUUUUUAUUCGCAUGGAAUUUAUCAAGACCAACCAACGCUGUUUGAUCGCUCUUUAUUUGCAUUACAGUUCAGUCCGGAUAGGGGGAUCUCGCGCCGCGUAGCUCACCGUAUUCCGUGUAUGAAUUAUUAUUGAUAGGAGGAGGGGAAAAAAACGUGCAGACGACAAUUCAUCUUUCCAGGGUUUUGGUUUAUCGAGGCGUAGUCUAGUCAACCGCGCGUUUCAAAGCCAUUUCCAGGAGCAGCUCCGAGCAGACCGAGCGGUGCAUCCUGCUGGAGCCGAGGACGGAUCGCCCGGGGAAGGACUCCUCGUUCCUCAGGACGAUGGUGUUGGACAAGGAAGAGGGUGUGCCAAUGCUCUCUGUCCAGCCCAAAGGGAAACAGAAGGGGUGUGCUGGCUGCAAUCGCAAGAUUAAAGACCGCUACCUGCUCAAGGCCCUGGACAAAUACUGGCAUGAGGACUGUCUCAAAUGUGCCUGCUGUGACUGCCGCCUGGGGGAGGUGGGCUCCACCCUCUAUACGAAAGCCAACCUCAUCCUCUGUCGCAGGGACUACCUGAGGCUCUUUGGUACAACGGGGAACUGUGCAGCCUGCAGUAAACUGAUCCCAGCCUUUGAAAUGGUGAUGAGAGCCAGAGAUAAUGUUUAUCAUUUGGACUGUUUUGCCUGUCAGCUUUGUAACCAGAGGUUUUGCGUGGGAGACAAGUUUUUCCUAAAAAACAACAUGAUUUUGUGUCAAAUGGACUAUGAGGAGGGCCAGCUGAAUGGGAGCUUUGAGACACAGGUUCAAUAGUUGGAACCUUGUGGCAGCAACAAUCGGCUCCACACUUUACACACGAGAUGGAUGUUCUGCUGCACUUGGAAAAGACAAGCGUCUGUCUGCUUGCCUGCAAUACUUUUUAAGACCCCUUUAUCAGUCCCUAAGGACUCUAUUGUAAAUGUUCAACUUUUUGCCCCUCCCACACCCCAACACUGAGCAGUUACAAAUUUUGAUGUACAGUUGUGCCUGCUUAGCUGAGCACUGUAUUGCUUGUAUGUUUUGUGAAAUUUGUUUCCGGUUGGUUUUAUUUCCUUUUAGAAAUGGUUCAUUGGAGGGUAUGUACAGUCUGUUUUCUCUGUAUAUAUAAACUGGAACAUUUAUUUUAUGAAAUGUAAUGCAAUUUUAUUACUAGUGUGAAUUAAAGAUUCUUAAAUGUUCA